AUGGACCCUCUGCCACUGACGCCUGGGCCCCCGGGCGCGUUCCCGGCGCCUACCGAGCCGUCGUCUCUCUCGACGCGGACACCGACAGCGACGCCGCGGAGCUGGAACAGCGCCAUGAAGCAGAAGCGCACUGGAACGGGAACUCGAGAGGGCCCACCCGCCGGCGACACGCAGGAUGCGCCGUCGGCGGCCGGAGACGUGGCGGCGGCGAGAGGCGACUCGGCCGCCUGCCCUCACCGUUCCCCACCGGCAGCCGGCGCUCCUGGAAUUGGAAGGCUACGCCGCCACGACGACCCCGCGGGCGCCGGGCGGCACUUCCGCUGCUCCUUCUCUCUCCACCCAGCAGCUGCCGCCUGCUGCCAGUCUGACUCCUCCAUCCAGCAGGGGCAGGCCCCACGUGCCGGCCCAACUCCUCUCUCAGCCCCCCUCCCACUCCCACCUCCCCUCACGCCUGAGCCCAGCCCAGCCCAGCCCGACACCCCCUCCCCACAUUCCCUGCCCCUGGUAACCCUAGCUCCCGUCCACGCCUCCACGGUCCGGCGGCGGCGUGGCACUCCGGCCUCCGGCAGGGGCAGCGGCGGCAGCGCUAGGCACAGCGUUUGGGCAGGCAAGGGCCAGGCGGCCCGCGCGGAGCCGGAGCGCCCAGCGGGCAGCGUCGGCGGCGCUUGCCACGGCGCCGGCGGCAGCGGGCGUCCUGGGCCCGAGCACAGAGCAGAGCAGGCCUGGGCGGGCGGGCACCAGGCGGCCGGCUGCGGCAGUGCGGCUGGAGCCUGGAGGAGUACUUCUGAAAAAACAAAGCCUCCAGGCCGAGCCGCCCCACCGUCCGCGGUCCACCGAGCCGCCAAGCAAAUCUCGCAGUCACAAUUCGACCCUCACCUCUGCUUCCCUUCCGCCGCUGCUGCUGCCGCCACCUCCGCCUCGCUGCUGCUUCCCGGCCUUCACCUCCACCUACUCCUCGAGGAGCUCGCCAUUGCUCGCCACCGGCGGCCGCGCGGACUGCAUCUGGGCGCUCGCUUGCAGCCCCCGUGCCUCUCCUUGCGCCGCCACGCAGCUUCUCCAUCACUGCCUCAAGGAGCUGUAACGAAGGCGACCCCGGUGACCGGCGGCUGCGGCAAUACAACUCCUGUGCAGGGAAUUUCCAACAAGAACGUCUGGGAGUUCUCCAUCACCAGGAAGUUCCAGGGAGUGGAUGAAAUUAUCGGGUGUAUGCCUAUGUUAAAUACUGGGUCCGCCUCUGAGAGAAGGUCGGUCUGCGCAUCAUUGACCAAAAGGGGUUGAUUCAGAGAUGCAUUUUUUGAGAGAAGAUCUGGUUGGGUCGGUGUUCAUUGCUUUUGGGGUCACUUUGUUUGUGGGUUUCUUCUAUGCUGCCGUCGUGUCCAAGCUGCUUCCACCAUAUGAAAACAGUCUUUUCGCUGCCAUCCAAAAUGAUUGGUAUUACUGCCUACUUGUGCCAUUGACGCUUCCUGUGAUAAUCGUGGCAGUCUAUCUGCAUUGGCUUAGUAUGAAGAUGUUUAAACAUGCAUGAAGCAAGAUUUUCGUAGAUUUCGUAGAACAGAUGCUAUGGAGAAUUGUGGCACAGAUGCUAGAAGACUGGAUGUUUUUUUACCAUUUAUAUGCUCCAAGGCCAAGCUGGAGGCACCAGAAUCAGUAUACGGUAACUUUGAAGGAGCAAGUAUCUUUGCCGGGCCUUUAUAAGGAAGUACUGAAUUGCAAGUCGGGUCUGCUCCCUAGCCGCUGAAGAAGGCAGAACUUGCUGCCGAAGACCUGAACAAUUUCGUGUGCUUCUUGAGUGUUUUCUGCUUUUAGUCAAUGUAGUGAUUGUAAUACUUUACAUGGUAGGAAACAUCUUUUUUGCCUGCUGUAUGGAGGUUUGACGGUCUGACUUAUCCUCCCUCCUAUGCUCUCAGUGCGUUUUAUGGUCGAUAUGAAGAUAGAACAGAGUGUCAGAAACUGGUUCAGUCAGUAUGCCACCUUGUGGUGGAAUUUGUAUUGGAAAAAGCUACAGCCUGUGCAAUGCCACUGCAUUUUCGCGCACCAAAAAAGUGCUAGCAUAUAGUUCCAAUGAUUGAUCUUGA